AUGGCCGAGUUUGACGUUUACGAAUCCCUUGAAACCCAACACCAGUUUUGGGAAGAGCUCGACGACGUCGUCACGACCCAAUACCAAUCGCACGAUUUGAUCGACGAGACCCUAAGGGCUUGGCUAUACCUUACUUCGAGGUUCAGAGACAAGUUUCCCGAAAUUGAGGACGAUGUCGCCAUCUGUUGCGAGAAGCUGCUGCAAUGCCAGUUGUUUCAAGACAAUAAGGACUACAUCCGGACCCAAAUCAUCUACAGUUUGCUUCAGGAGGAUGACCCUUCAUCGCUGCACGCCAUCGUGCUAUUUCUGCUGCUCGACGGCCAUGCCGACGAGUCCACGUACUCUCACAUGAUCGAGGAGGCAUGCUUCCCUCGCCUCCUCGAGCUGAUCAACGGUCGCAAAGACAAGGACCUGAGGCUACAUCGCCUACUACUCGAGCUGAUGUAUGAGAUGUCCCGAAUCGAGCGCUUGCGCACAGCCGACCUGCUGCAGGUGGACGACGGCUUCAUCGCGUAUCUCUUCCAGACAAUCGAGGAGCUUUCCAAUGACGUUCACGACCCGUAUCACUAUCCCAUCAUACGUGUGCUGUUGGUACUGAACGAACAAUACAUGCUCGCGUCCACCGACGUCGCCGCCGACCCCACGUCCCCAAACGCCCCCCUCACGAACAGGGUCAUCAAGUGCCUUAGUCUACACGGCGACUCAUUCCGCACAUUCGGAGAGAAUAUCAUUCUGCUGUUGAAUCGCGAAACCGAGACAUCUCUGCAGCUCCUGAUCCUCAAACUCCUCUACAUUUUGUUUACAACCAAAGCCACCUACGAAUACUUUUAUACCAACGACCUCAAGGUUCUCCUCGAUGUUAUCAUUAGAAACCUGAUGGACUUGCCGGACGAGAAGAUAUCGUUGCGCCAUACGUACCUUCGCGUCUUAUACCCGCUCUUGGCGCACACGCAACUGGGCCAUCCGCCUCAUUACAAACGCGGCGAGAUCCUCAAGGUCUUGAGAAUCCUAGGCGGUUUCGGCAACUCACACUUUGCGCCCGCUGACGAGACUACAGUGAGGCUGGUCGAUCGAGUCUCCAAAGUGAAAUGGUUGACCGACCAGGAGUCUUCCGGUGAGGCGGAGGUGGCUCGAAAGUUCUUGGGCAUCAGUCUCUCUCGCUCGCAGACUGCCAGCAGCGUUAGUGUGGUCGACGUCGCGGCCGUCAUGGAGAAACCCGGCGUUAUCACCCCGAGUCGCAGGGCCGAAGCAGACGCGGAAGCCAAGCAGGGAGAGGUAAAGGCUGGACCAGACGCGGUGCGGCCGAAGAAGCCGCUGCCCGAAGUACCGAAACAUCGACACGGUGUUCCUGUCGGGCCGACGUCGACGUUGCAUUUCAAUGGACACAAGAAGAUACCACCCAAAGCGCCGCCACCACGGCGGCGGACAAAACUGAAACCCAUCGAAUCGGUGGCGGAUAAUUCUCCUACGCCUGAUGGCUGA